CCGGUUGAGCUGAGCAGGAAGGGCGCACGGAGGCGGGCGCAGCCAGGCUUUAAAAGUCCUCACGGGGACGGGUUCGCCUCCGUGCCACCCCACCGUCCCCAUGGCCCCCGCAGUGCUGCUGGCUCCCCUGGCGCUGGUGGCCAUGCUGGCCCCAGGGCUUGGGGUGGCCUCUCCUGGCUGUGACUACCCGGCCCACCUCUGGUGCAGCUCGCGGGAGAUCGCCGUCGCCUGCCAGGCAGAGAGCCGCUGCGCCAACCUCUCGCGCCCGGUGGCCGACCCUGUCCAGCUGAGCCUGUACUACGAGAGCCUGUGCCCAGCGUGCCGCUGGUUCCUGGUCCAGGAGCUCUUCACCGCCUGGCUGCUGCUGCCCGCCGAGGCCCUGAGCAUCACCCUGGUGCCUUACGGCAACGCCGAGGUAGGCGCUGGCCUCACCCGGUGCCGUGGGCGCUCGCCCCGGGGCCACCGCUGGUACCUCUGGCUGGACGCUGCCUUCCCGGCGCGGGGCGUGCGGGGGCUCAAAACCGUCCUGAAGAAAGUCCUCAUCGACCAGCUGGUGGCAUCGCCCGCCCUGGGUGCCUGGUAUUUCCUCGGCAUGGGCACGCUGGAGGGCCAGUCUCUAGAGGAGAGCUGGGAUGAGCUGAAGGAGAAAUUUUGGGAGUUUUACAAGGCUGACUGGUGCGUCUGGCCGGCGGCUCAGCUCGUGAAUUUCCUCUUCGUCCCACCCAAGUACCGGGUAGUUUACAUCAACGUCAUCACGCUGGGCUGGGACACGUACCUCUCCUACCUCAAACACAGGACUGGCAGCCCCCCAAGCGCUGAGCACGACUCGCCACGUGAGAACCGGCGCGAUGCCGGGGUGUAAAGAGGCAGCUGCUCUUGGCGACUGUGACUAUUUCAGAGGCUCCUGCCCGGGGUGAGCCGUUUUCUGGGCAUCGUGGGGGACGCAGCUCACAGCCACCCAACGGACAUGCUGGCUGGGGAC